AUGCAGUGGGCGACAAUUCUUCUCGCUUUUGCGAGUCUGCUGGCGCUGAGCGAGGCCAUCAACUACCGGGACAUUCUGCUGGAGGAGUGGAACGCCUUCAAGACGCUGUACCAGCGCGAAUAUGGCUCCGACGAGGAGGAGUUCCGCUUUAAGGUGUUCAUGGAGAACAAGCACCUGAUUGCGAAGCACAACCAGAAGGCCGUCAAGGGACAGAAGUCGUACAAGCUGGAGAUGAACCACUACGGCGACCUGCUGCACCACGAGUUUGUGCGCAUCAUGAACGGCUACCAGUACCAGCUGAAGAACCAGACCGGCCCGGACGGCUACAAGUCACGCGGCAGCCUCUUCAUGACGCCCGAGCACGUCUCCCUCCCCACGGCCAUUGACUGGCGACAGCGCAACCUGGUGACGCCCGUUAAGAACCAGGGUCAAUGCGGCAGCUGCUGGUCGUUCAGUGCUACUGGCGCUCUGGAGGGACAGCACUCUCGAAAGGCCGGCAAACUGGUCUCUCUCAGUGAGCAGAAUCUGGUCGACUGUUCAAAGAAGUUCGGCAACAACGGCUGCAACGGCGGUCUGAUGGACUUUGCCUUCCAGUACAUCAAGCAGAACCACGGCAUUGACACCGAAAAGAGCUACCCAUAUGAGGGCAAGGAGGGCAAAUGCCGGUACCAGAAGAAGGACACGGGCGCCACUGACACCGGCUUUGUGGACGUGCCCCAGGGUAAUGAGCAGAAGCUGAUGGAGGCUCUGGCCACGGUCGGACCGGUCUCCAUUGCCAUUGACGCCAGCCAGCCCUCAUUCCAGUUCUACAGCUCUGGCAUCUACGAUGAGCCUGAGUGCAGCAGCACUGAACUGGACCACGGUGUGCUGGCCGUCGGCUAUGGCACUGAUGAAGACGGUCAGGAGUACUGGAUCGUCAAGAACAGUUGGUCGGAGAAGUGGGGCGAGAAUGGCUACGUUCGCAUGGCCCGCAACAAGAACAACAUGUGCGGUGUGGCCACGGCGGCCAGCUACCCGCUCGUCUAA